AUGCCGUCGGCCGUCUGCCGUCGGCCGUCGGCCGUCGGCCGUCGGCCGUCGGCCGUCGGCCGCCGCCGCCGCCGUAGCGGCGGCGAGCGCUCGCCUUUUGCGCGACGCGCACUGGGAGUGGCUGCGGCUAUAGCAGACAGUGUUUUGGAAGCGCCGGUGUCAUCCUCAAUGUUCCGACGUGGGGUGAGCGGCUCCACGCAACGCGACGCGGCUCGCUCGCUCGACGUGGGGCCACGCCCAGCGAAGCGCGCCGUGCCGUGGGGCUCCUACCCAUGGGAGGGCCGCUCGUGGUCGGCCGGCGGGCCAGACCGCUGCACUCUCACUGUCGUGUCAAUGCACCAGGGUUGGCGGACACUGGACCUGCACCGGCUGGCUCGCGAGCCGCCGCAGUCCUGGCCCUACUUCGUGAAGAGCGCCCUGGCCAACCUCCGCUACGUCCGCACCGCCAACAGCAACGCGACCCGCAUGCGCCUCCGCCUCUUCACUCCGCCGUUCGGCCCUGUGCUCUCCUCGAGGCACUACGCCUGGUGGAAGGUGCGCGUGCUCCAGUUCAUAGAGGAGCAGCACCGCAGCAGGAGCAGAGGCGGAGGUGCCAGCGCAGCGCAGCAGCAGCGCCGCGACGGCUGCGCGUGGGCGCUGCUGCUCGACGCGGACGCGUUCGUCCGCGCGCCGGCAGGUACCGACCUGCUGCGCCGGCUGAUGCCGCUCCAGCUGACGGCGCAGCAGCCCGACCCGCAGACCCUCGCCUCGGGCGCCGCCUUUGCGGCGCGCCUGCAGAGCCUCGCGCCCGCUGCAGACUUGCGCGCCCAGACGCCCGGCCAAAUCGGCGAGACCGUCUCCGAGUCACACGGCUGA